CCCCCAUCCUACCCGCUGCUGGAGCCCAGUGUGGAGCUGCUCUGGGAGCCUAGGGCUUGAGCACUGCCUGUCCUCCUGGGGAUCUGCAUUUACAUCCAGAACACAGGAGGCUGGAGGCACCAGGCCGGGACAAUGCAUCUCUUCAUGGUGUGUCUCUUCGGCCUCUGGGGCAUGGCUGCCCCUGUACGCUAUGCCGUGGAAGACAUUUGCACUGCGAAGCCCCGCGACAUCCCAGUGAAUCCCAUCUGCAUCUACCGCAACCCUGAGAAGAAGCCCCAGGAAAGCGAGGUGCUGGAGCCGGGGAAGGGCAGGAUCCCGGAGUUCACCAACCCCCGUGUCUGGGAGCUGUCCAGAGCCAACUCGCGCUUCGCCGUCGUCUUUUACAAGCACCUGGCCGACUCCAAGGACAACGAGGAGAACAUCUUCCUGUCUCCUCUCAGCAUUUCCACAGCCUUUGCCAUGACCAAGCUCGGGGCGUGCGGUGACACCCUGCAGCAGCUCAUGGAGGUCUUCCAGUUUGACACUAUUUCAGAGAAGACAUCUGACCAAGUCCACUUCUUCUUUGCCAAGCUCAACUGCCGUCUUUACAAGAAAGCCAACAAGUCAUCCGAGCUAAUAUCAGCAAACCGUCUCUUCGGAGAGAAAUCCUUGGUCUUCAAUGAGACUUACCAGAACAUUAGUGAAAUAGUUUACGGAGCCAAACUCUGGCCGUUGAACUUCAAAGAGAAGCCAGAGCUUUCCAGGCAGAUCAUAAAUGAGUGGGUAGCCAAUAAGACGGAGAGGCGCAUUACAGAAGUGAUCCCAGAAAAAGGUAUCGAUGAGCUCACUGUCUUGGUCCUGGUCAACACCAUUUAUUUUAAGGGGCACUGGAAGUCGCAGUUCCCAGCUCCAAACACGAGAUUGGAUUUAUUUCACAAAGCCAACGGUGAGAUCUGCAAGGUCCCCAUCAUGUACCAGGAGUCCAGGUUCCGCCAUGCGUUCAUCCAGGAGGACAAAGUCCAGGUGCUGGAGCUGCCUUACAAAGGGGACGACAUCACCAUGGUGCUGGUCCUGCCCAAAGCUGGCACGCCGCUGGUGGAGGUGGAGCAAGAGCUGACAUCAGACAAGCUGCAGGACUGGAUCAACUCUAUGACGGAGGUCUCCCUUACUGUCUCCCUGCCACGCUUCCGCAUCGAGGACAGCUUCAGUGUCAAGGAGAAGCUGAGAAAAAUGGGGCUGGAAGAUCUUUUCAGUCCAGAAAACGCCAAGCUGCCAGGUAUAGUUGCAGAGAGCCGUACGGACCUGUAUGUAUCUGAGGCUUUCCACAAAGCCUUCCUUGAGGUGAAUGAAGAAGGCAGUGAGGCGUCAGCAGCGACAUCUGUUCUUAUCUCUGGCCGUUCCUUCCCCAUGAACAGAGUUAUCUUUGAGGCCAACAGGCCCUUCUUGCUCUUCAUACGGGAAGCCGCCCUCAACACCAUAAUAUUCAUGGGCAGAAUAUCUGACCCUUGCUCCUAAAGGCUGUCCGAGCCUCACCUCUCCCCUCCCUGCCCCUGGGAAAGGGGUGGUAGGGCACUGCCAUGCAGCCCAGGUUGUGCUGGGGUGGCUGUAUUACUGUUUGGUGCCAGCUGCAGGGAGGGGCCGUCCUU